GGUAGGGGGCGGACGCCCGCAGAGCACUGAGCCAGCCUGAUAGCCUCGGGCUCACAGGCACGCCGCCUCUGUUUGUACACAGUGCGCUCUUGGCUGCCGGAUAGCUCCCCGCCAGCUCACGCUUCAUUGUUCUCCAAGUCAGAAGCCUUGCAGCCUCCGCGGCGAGAGCAGCGCCAGCCCUGCGCUUCACCCACAGUGCGCCGCCCGCUCCGCGGUGCGCGAUCCCGGGAGUCCGGGAACCUCGGCUGGAGCCCACGCCCCGCCCGGCGCGCCUCGGCCAGGACCCACGGCAGCGCAGGCUGCGCCCCAGAAGCUCCUCAGCUCACCCACCUCCGCAUACCGGAGCGCAGGCAAAAGGGGAGGACCCCUUCUCUCGGGCCAUCACUCUUUAUUACCCUCUCCAAGAAUUUGAGAAAGCGCUGAGGGAAGAAGACAUCUUCUAGAAUUCUGUGACAGAGGCGGGGUCUACUGCUGUCCUGCGGUGCCACCUCGCCACUGUGCCCAGCCGGGGUCGCGUCUGGAGGACCGGAUCAUGAAGCGCUUGGUAGCAGCUUGGCUCUUGGUUGGUCUCAGCCUCGGUGUACCCCAGUUCGGCAAAGGUGAUAUUUGUGAUCCCAAUCCAUGUGAAAAUGGUGGCAUCUGUCUUUCGGGAUUGGCUGAUGAUUCCUUUUCCUGUGAGUGUCCAAGUGGCUUCACAGAUCCCAACUGCUCUAGUGUUGUGGAGGUUGGUCCCUGCAUUCCCAAUCCAUGCCACAAUGGAGGAACCUGUGAAAUAAGUGAAGCAUAUCGAGGCGACACAUUCAUAGGCUAUGUUUGUAAAUGUCCCCGAGGAUUUAAUGGGAUUCAUUGUCAGCACAAUAUAAAUGAAUGUGAAGCAGAGCCUUGCAAAAAUGGUGGAAUAUGCACAGACCUUGUUGCUAACUAUUCCUGCGAGUGCCCAGGAGAAUUUAUGGGAAGAAAUUGUCAAUAUAAGUGCUCUGGCCCAUUGGGAAUUGAAGGUGGAAUCAUAUCCAAUCAGCAAAUCACAGCUUCAUCUACCCACCGAGCUCUUUUUGGACUCCAGAAAUGGUAUCCCUACUAUGCUCGUCUUAAUAAGAAGGGACUUAUAAAUGCCUGGACAGCUGCUGAAAAUGACAGAUGGCCAUGGAUUCAGAUAAAUUUGCAAAGAAAAAUGAGAGUUACUGGUGUGAUUACCCAAGGAGCAAAAAGGAUUGGGAGUCCAGAAUACAUAAAAUCCUACAAAAUUGCCUACAGCAAUGAUGGGAAGACCUGGGCAAUGUACAAAGUGAAAGGCACCACUGAAGAUAUGGUGUUCCGUGGAAAUGUUGAUAACAACACACCCUAUGCUAACUCUUUCACACCCCCAAUCAAAGCUCAGUAUGUCCGACUCUAUCCCCAAGUUUGUCGAAGGCAUUGCACUCUGAGAAUGGAACUUCUUGGCUGUGAACUUUCAGGCUGCUCAGAGCCUUUGGGGAUGAAAUCGGGGCAUAUACAGGAUUAUCAGAUCACUGCCUCCAGCAUCUUCAGAACCCUCAACAUGGACAUGUUCACUUGGGAACCAAGGAAGGCCAGACUGGACAAGCAAGGCAAAGUUAAUGCCUGGACAUCUGGCCACAAUGACCAGUCACAGUGGUUACAGGUUGAUCUUCUUGUUCCUACCAAAGUCACUGGCAUUAUCACACAAGGGGCUAAAGAUUUUGGUCAUGUACAGUUCGUUGGUUCAUACAAGUUAGCCUACAGCAAUGACGGAGAACACUGGGCUGUGUACCAGGAUGAAAAACAGAGAAAAGAUAAGGUUUUUCAAGGCAAUUUUGACAAUGACACUCACAGAAAAAAUGUCAUCGACCCUCCCAUCUAUGCACGACACAUAAGAAUCCUGCCUUGGUCCUGGUAUGGAAGGAUCACGCUGCGGUCAGAGCUGUUGGGCUGCACAGAGGAGGAAUGAAGGAAACACAUAGCCUGCAUCGCCUUUCUUUGUUACCCUGAAAGUAUCUCCAUGAAAUGAACUGUGCAAAAUCUGAUGGAAACUGAAUGAGUUUUGUUUUUUUUUUCCCCUCAUGAAAAAGUGGUCAAGUUAUGGUAGGCUACUGCCUUUUCAAGAAAGUCUAAGACUGCCUUUACAAUAAUCAAAUUUUGUUUUUACUAUUCAACUCUCAUAAGUAACAUCACAUUAACUCUGAAUUACUUUUCUUAUUUUCUGAAUUAUAUACAUUUGUUGAAGUAUGUUAGAGAAAACAGUCUUCUUUUUAUAGCAAAAUUAAAGAAACGCAUAGUUAUCAAAUAAGAGUUGAUAGAGCCUUUAUGAUUACUAUUCAACUAAUUCUUAUAAAAGAAAUGUUAAAAUGUUAGCAAUAAGUUUUUUUGUGUAAUGAAUUUGCAGUAUCUUGAUUGUUUUCCUGUGCCUAAAACUAUCAGUGUUUAUUACAGAGAUUUGAAGAAAAAUCUGUAAUAUGCA